UAACAUAUUCAGUUCUAUCUUUCCAUAAUGCUAGUUAGAAGCUCUUCAAUACCUGUGUUGAACUCAUGGAUUCCGAAACCAUUGGCAAGAUCCUGUUCCAUGUCAUUUGACCACAAUCGUAUUAACAAAAUCUCCAAAAAUCUAACCGAAUCUCCAACUAAUCAUAGAUUGCCUUUUCCGGUUUAUGAUGGAGAAGGAAUUGGAUAUAGAAAAGCAGCAGCGGCGGUGGAGUUCGAGGUUGGCGGCGGCGCUGGAGUCGGGUCCGGCGGCGGAAGUGUCGGAUCGGGUAGCAGAGAUGGGGAUGACGCCAAUCAUCAUGCUAGUAUGGAUGUGCAUUAUGAGGACAUGAUUAAGGCCGAUCCCAUGAAUUCAAUGCUUUUGACCAACUAUGCUACAUUUUUGAAAGAGGUUCGAGGAGAUAUUAUGAAGGGAGAAAUGUAUUGUGGAAGGGCAAUAUUGGUAAACCCAAGUUGUGGAAAUGCUUUGUCAUUAUAUGCUGAUCUAAUUUGGCUCCACUAUAGAGAUGCAAAGCGCGCACAUAUAUAUUUUGAUCGUGCUGUCAGAGCGGCGCCGGACAAUUGCUAUGUUAUGGCUUCAUAUGCUCGAUUUCUUUGGGAUGCCGAAGAUGAGAUUGAAGAGUAAAGACCAUCAAUAGACUAUUUCUUGAUCCUAUAUUAUAAUUCUCUAACUCUUUGCUCUUAAUCCCCUUAUCCUGUCUUUUUUCUUUCUAAAUACAUUAGAAUUGUACUAUAAUAUAUACUAGUAGUAUUUUAUUUUGUACUUCAAUUUUGUAAACGCAGUUGUAAAAUAUAUGCUAACACUUGUAAUUUAUGUGAAUGAGAUUGUUAUUGUAAUCUAAA